UGCUAUUUUUAUCUUUCAUUCAGCCAGGCCCAGACCAACUAGCCCCUCUCUGGACUUCUCCUUUCUAGCUGACCGCAGAAGCUUCUGGAGGUCUGACCGCAGCAUUAAGACCAGGAGAGACAGCCAGGGCUGGGGGGAAAGAUAUCUGAACGAGAGACAAAGGAACCCAGUGAAGGAGAGAUCACACAAACCCAACAGGCCAACAUGGCGCUGCUGUGCUACAACAAAGGCUGUGGGGUGAAGUAUGACGCUGACAAGAACAAGGACGAUUCCUGUGUCUUCCAUCCAGGAGUCCCCAUCUUCCACGAUGCUCUCAAGGGUUGGUCCUGUUGUAGGAAAAGGACGACAGACUUCUCAGAGUUUCUCUCCAUCAAGGGCUGCACCCGCGGGCGCCACAGCAACGAGAAGCCCCAGGAGCCUUUGCGGCCGGAGGUGUCAUCAGAUAAGGGCGAGAUUAAACACACCAACGGCCCAGAGAUAAUCUACCAGGGGCCCAAAUCUGCUGAGAAACUGCAGAAAGAGCGACCCAGCUCAGACGAGCCCAAGACCAAGAUGCCCCACAAAGUGUCGGCGUCGCUGGCUCAGGCGCUGGAGAAACUGGACCUCAGCAAGAAAGUGGAGAACGAGAACAGAGAGAGUCAGACAGUCAUGCCAGGGACUCGAUGCAAGAACGCAGGAUGCAAAACACUCUCUUGUCAAAUCCAGUUUGAGGACAAUAAGAUUUUCAAGAGGGACUUCCACCUCUGGGGCGUGAUCAACGUCAAACAGAGCGUGGUCAACAUGGUCCCAUCCAAAGUGGAGGUCACCCUACGUAAGGCCGACCAGGUGGCCUGGGGCAAACUGGAGGACCCCAACUACAAACCCGAGCCCGAGCCCAUAGAGGACAACAUGGAAACCACAGAGUCGUACCAGCCCGACUGGGACAUCGCAGACGACGACAUCAGCGACUCGGACGAAGACUGGGCCUACGACACGCGGGAUAAUAAAAAGAAGCCGUGGGACGAGGACGGGGAAGAGGAGCAGAAGAAGAAUGAGGAAGAGAAGCAGAAGAAGAAUGAGGAAGAGAUACAGAAUUUAAAGAGGAAGGAGGUGGAGGAGGAGAUGAGGAGAGCGAUGGAGGAGAGGAAGAAGGCAGAGGAGGAGAGGAAGAAGCUGGAGGAGGAGAGAAGGCAGGAGGAAGCGGGAGAAUUCGAAGACAUGCCAGAUCUCGAGUAACCGCUCCGCUAAACGGCGUGAAGACCGGGUCUGGUUUGCAUUAGGGAGGUAGAAAAAAAAUUAAAAUAGAUUUUUUGUAAUGAAGCAAAUUAAAUUUUUAUUUCUGAAAUAAUCAGAGUCAAACUUUAUGUGUUGUUGCUACAAAUGAAAUGUGGUAAUUCGCAACCACGUUCUAACUUUGGAGGUCCUUCGGGGGAAGUUUUACGAGGUUGAUUCUCUUGAAGGGGUGACUAACAUCACACACACUGGAUCCUUUAUUAUUUAUUUAAUUAUAAUGCUUGAAAUGAAGUGAGGUUUCUUCUUAAAAUGAGAAUAUUCUCAGAUACAGCUGGAUGAAAUAAAGACUUCUCUAUGUCUGAA